AUGGAGGUAACGUCGAUAUUGACUGAAAAAUAUCCGAACACAGAAACAGCUGGUGGAAGUGGGUCAGUUGGAGUAUCUACUGGAAAUGUGAAAUCGCAGUCACAUGCAAAGCGAAGCACAUUAUCAAGACAUUCAUCUAAAGAUGUGAGCGAGGAUGGUUGUUGCCUUGCUAAAAUAUUCCUCUCUAAUAUCAUCUCAUUUGCAAUGAGAUCGCGACGCAAAGGUGUGAAUGAAAGAUGUCGUUCAGCACGACGCAUGUCAUCAAAUGGAGGGAAAAAUGCCACUACAUACAUCCAUGCUCCAAAUUGUAAACGUAAAGCACUAUCUGAAAUGGGCGUGUGUGAUUCUUUCGAUGAUGAAAUGAUUAGGCGACUUUCAAAGCUACCUCAGGGAAUGGAUAAAAAUGAGUGGUUAGCUACACACACAUUAUGUCUUUUCGAGAAUGUAAAUGCUUUGUGUGGAACGAUAUCAGAAGUGUGUACACCGGUCUCAUGUCCUAUUAUGUCCUAUCCAGGUGUUCCGAAAGCACACUGGAUUGAUGAAAGGAGGAAACAUCACCUAUAUUCAGCUAUGCAGUACAUCGAUUGUGUAUUAUCAUUCUGCGAAAAAAGCGCAAAAGAUGAGCGACUUUACCCAACUAAAUAUGGAUCUGCCUUUCCGAGUAAUUUUGAAAAUCAUUGCCGUCGUUUAAUACGAUUACUCUGGCAUAGUUGCGGACACCUAUACACCAAUCACUGGGAACAGCUCGCUACUUUGAAUUUACGGUCUCAAUACGGCUUGGUUGUAGCACACAUGUAUUCUAUUGCUAAAAUGUAUGAUCUUCUGGAGAGUAAGGAGCUAUCCGCCCUCUCACACACAUUGCAGUUGGUACGCCCAGUAAUGCUAUAUCACGGAUGUGGUCAUCAGAUAGCACAAGUCAGUAAUGGAUCCAACGGUCCUCAGCAGUUCCCGUCAUCAAAAAGUGGCAGCUGGGGUGGUUAUCCGACGACAACCGCAUUGAUGUACAAGCCUUACUCGCAAACAUGCUGA